AAAGGGCCGCAGCCCCUGACUGCACAACAGUUUUGAGUUUCUUAAAAGCGAGGCGAACAAGUCUGACCUGCAGACUGAAGAUCCACUUUGACUCACUUUUACCAGACAAGUUGGAAAGCCAAACCGGAGAGGCAACGCUCACUCACUGUUUUAGGAAGGAGGAAACAGCUGCAGAAAUGAUUUUCGACAAGCUGAAAAAGUUUGACAUCGUCUUCGACUCACCGGAGGUGGACAGUCCGCCGGUGUUCAGCAGCGGGGAUGUGGUGUCCGGCCGGGUGGUGCUGGAGCUCACGGCCGAAAGCAAGGUGGCCUCGCUGAAGCUGCACGCCGAGGGCUUCGCCAAAGUGCACUGGACCGAGUCCCGGUCCGCAGGCUCCAGCACCGCCUACACGCAAAACUACAGCGAUGAAGUGGAGUAUCUGAACCGGAGAGAGGUGCUGCUGCAGGCAGAUAAUGGUGAGCUGACCACGCUUCCUGCUGGCAAACAUGAAUUCCCAUUCAGCUUCCAGCUGCCGGAGGAGACACUGGUCACAUCUUUUGAGGGAAAGCAUGGCAGCAUCCGCUACUGGGUGAAGGUGAAGCUGCACCGGCCCUGGGCCACUGUCAAGAAGAUCAAGAAGGAGUUUACAGUCAUUGAGCCCAUUGAUAUCAAUACACCGGCCUUACUGGCACCACAGGCUGGAACAAAAGACAAGAUGGCGAGGGUGUGGUACCGGAACUUUGGACAGGUGUCUGUGACUGCAAAGAUCGACCGCAAAGGUUACACACCAGGUGAGGUGAUACCCGUCUUUGCCGAGUUCGACAACUCCACCUCCCGAUCCGUCGUACCCAAAGCCUACAUCACACAAACUCAGACGUUCAUUGCCCGUGGCACUAUGAAGCAGAAGCGCUCAGUGGUGGCUACACUGUGUGGUGAUGUCGUGGGUGCCAGGCGGCGGGAGACAUGGCACGGCCGCGCCAUCAAGAUCCCACCUGUGGGUCCCUCCAUCUUGCAGUGCCGCAUCAUCAAAGUGGAGUACAUGCUCAGGGUGUGUGUUGAUGUUCCUGGGACAUCCAAGCUGUGUCUGGAGCUGCCACUGGUCAUGGGCACCAUCCCCUUGCACCCAUUCGGCAGCCGGACGUCCAGUGUCAGCAGCCAGUACAGUGUCAACCUGGAGUGGCUGCGCAUGGCCAUCCCUGAGCAGCCUGAGCCUCCUCCAGACUACAGUUCUGUGGUAACUGAGGAGGAGGCCCAGCAGUGUAACUCUGUGGCCCCCCGUCCUGCUGAAGAUCUGAGUGGGAUCCUGGAGCGCCCCCUCAUGGCCUUUGUCCAGGAGUUCCGCUUCCGACCCCCGCCAGUGUAUAGCGAGAUUGACCCCAACCCUCAGCCCUUCAACAUGAGACCUCGCUGCAUGACGUGUUGAACCAUGAGCCUUGCCUGAGUGUCGGUUGAUGACCUGACCUGAAUUACUAAAAUGAGUCAAGAGAUUGUUCUCUCCUGGAUUACCUCUCUCUGAUGAAAGGCACCUGGUCUCACCCAGUGCCUUGGAAAGGGACUAGAGCACCACUGAGAGGACGAAAGAGGAGAAGGAGCUCUCAGGAACUGAAUGUUGGUGGAGAAGCCACCCUUUUGUUCCUGUCCUCCCCAAGUGAUUUUUUGGCUGUGGACGAAGUCAGCCACAUACACCUCCCAAUCAACGAUUCCCUCACAAAAGAUCACUUGAAGUUAGUCAGGCGGAGGGUUGAGAUGUUGAGAUUUUUGACAGUUGAGAUUUUUGGACUGUGCAGAUGGGUUCAGAUAUUUAGAUAAAAAUGCUUCUUGUUAACCUGUACGACGGUUUGUCAAGGGCUCAUUUGCACUUGAGCAUGUCUCUGAAAGAUGUAAAGAAGUGCAACUAUUGUCUUAAAUACCCAACUCCUAGUUGCCUGCCAACACAGUAGAUUUGAAAACCUACAUUGCUCCAUGUUGUGACUCAGGAGCAGUGCAUCUAAGAUGAUUUCUACUGUUACUCAAACAAAUUGUAAGCACAUAUCUAACGUGUCAUGGAGGAGUAGAGAAUUUGAGUCGGCGGAGGUAGCUUUGUUUUUAAACUGAAUGCACGCAGGUAAUAUUGUAAAAGGGAAAAAUAUGUAUGCCUUAAUUAUCUGCAGAUGAAGAGAGAGAUUGCAUGAAGAGAUUGUGGGAGGAGUUCUCCCCAUAGAGUUGAACUGAAUGUAUUCUAAGAGAAGCCUAAAGGAAGAAAAUGGAGUAAAAGCGGUUGACUUCAUUGCAUGUGGAGGAAUUCCAAGAGAAAAGCUGUUUUUGUAUUAAUGCAAAGGCCUGUGGCACAAAAGUGACAGCACUGGUUGUUAACUUUGGAACAAUGAUAGAAGAGGAUGAGAAGUUUGUGAAAUAAGCUGUACAAGGCUCUUGAAUUAGCUUUCCCAGCUGCUAAACAAGCAGAAGAGGAGGAGGAGGAGGAGACUUCUGAGCCAUGUGGUCUGAGCGUUUGAUGGAAGCCAGAUGCCUUGCUGUUGCAGGGUGCUUUCUGACGCUCAGCCAGAACACAGCGCUCAGCUUUACCGUCAAGCCUUAAGCUGGAGAUGCCGCUUUGAAAUGUACGGACAGAACAUUCCAAAAACUGACUUGAGGAUUGCUUACAGUUUAUCCUCACUUCCAAAAAUAGUUAGGAGUAUGAAUGAAACCUUCAGGGUCAGCGGUGCGACUUCGGUGGCACACGUUGGAAAAACCGAAUGUAUUUUAUACAAAUGCAAUUGUUGAUUCAACAAAGUUGCCAAAGUUUUGUAAUUGUUUUUUUCUAAUAAAAAGUUAAAAUGAA